AUGAACAGAAUCAGCAGCAUGCACAAUCCCAUCGCUCAUACGUGUUUGCCUGGCGAUUCCACCGUCCCGACUCAAAUCCAAAAUUUCACCUUCAUGGGAUCAACAAAGCCCCUUCAAGAUCGUAAAACUGCAAGAUCCUACGAGUUGGAGCGCAAUUUUGACUACCAUGGUUGCUGCAGUCGCCCUCUACCCUUCCCAGAACAGAUAUGGGAGAAGGCAAUGAGAGAGUAUCAUGAGGAGAGAGAGCUAGCAGAUCAUAUGUCAGGGGAUAAUGCCGCAGUGUGCGAUCUGGAGACCAUCCUGGCAUCUGUUGGUGCAAGCCAGAGGGGAGGAGGGUGCUACAAGUGUUAA